AUGACGGUCCCGCAACCCCCUAUGACCUUGACUGGUCAUUGCUCCGCCGUCCACAAUAACACACUUUACGUCUACACCCACAAUGGUUUCGCCUCCAUCGAUCUGCAGGCAAAUCAGGUUUGGAAACCACUUUCCCCCGGCGUAUCGGUUGAAGGAGCUGCUUGUGUGUCAGCCGCAAUUGAGGGCGACACCGAGAACUUGGCAUUUUACGUAGUCGGCGGGACCGGCAACUCAUCUUCUUAUCCUUCUUAUUCCGGACUUCAGCGGUACUCUUACCAGGAUGGGAAUUGGACUACCUUGCCCGGUGAUCCCACGGACAUGCACAACCGCACUUCUCACGGCGUGGGCUACCUAGAGUCUUCAGGUUCGAUCUUGGUAUAUGGAGGAAGCACAGACAGCGAUGAGGCUUCCGAGUCGACCUUCACGAUCUCUACGACCUAUCCCUACACUAUGAACUCGGAGAACAGUCAAGGUGCCCCCGCAGCGGCGGACCCGAUGCUCUUGACUUGGAAUGAAUCGGCAGUGGCUUUGAUUGGUGGAUCCUCGACAAACACCGACGUCUACAUUUAUGUCGACCCUACGGGCUGGACAGCUUCUGGUUCGACUCUUUUGUCUGCUAUCUCGGAAUCCAAUCGAUGCGCACUCGCUACUGAUGAUGAUGGGAACAAAAUCCUGGAAGAAUUUGACCUGAAUGCGUCACCAAAUACCGUCACCAACUACGAAUUGAUGAAAUCAGGACAGGCAUUAAGUCCCGCUACGGUGUUGAAUUCUUCGUCGACAAAGCGAAGUCUCAGCGAUUACCCUUCGUACAACAGCGCGAACGCCCCAACCACGAUAAGCACGGAUUAUUCGGUAGCUCAAAGUAGUAAUAACCUGGUCGUUAUUUCCGGUGGCAGCGGCAACGAUUCCCUAUCGAUCUUCAACCAAACGAGCAACAGCUGGAAGAAUGUAACGGAGCUUUUCUAUGGGAGUGGCACACAGAGUGCCCUGCACGGAAGUACGACUACAUCCACAACAUCUACGACAUCUACAUCACCCACUGCCACCUCGGCCUCUGCUACUAUAUCCGCUGCUGCUGCAUCUUCUGGUGACUCUGGCGCGAAGGUUGGUGUCAUUAUUGGUGCAACUCUGGGCAGUUUGUGUGGUGCAAUUGUCAUCCUGGUCGUCAUCCUGUUUCUGCUUCGCCGUGCCAGGCUCAGGAAUAACCCAGCCGGUGAAGGAAAGGGCGGAGAUGGCAAGGACCGUUUGAGCUUUCAAGAUCAAGGCAUUGAGCCCCUGGCAGAGGGUGCUUAUCCUAUGGCCAAGAGCCCCGUCCCCGUUGCCACAAUAUCAGAUGACUCGCUUGCGAUCAUGACGGGCAACCCAAUUUCCACCAUCCCGUCUAGCGGCGCGAUGCCGUCAAGCAUGUAUUCCGAUGACUCGGACCGAUCUGCCGCCGUCGCUGCCGCCGUCGAGGCCAUCUCCAGCCCUGGAAACAAGCCUGGAGAUCGCACCACUGAUGAAGGAUGGGGCAAGUACUUUGAGGACAAUAGCGCGAACAAUCUUGCUGGAAUGCAAUCCGAUCGCUCGACUAUCAGCUCCGUGUACACAAAAUCCGAUUACCGUGGUAGCAGCGCCUGGCCAAUGACCAACCUCGCUCCUUUGAAUUUCGGCUUCCUCGAUCAGCCCACACCUCUUGGCCGUGUUGUCAGUGCCAGUCCUACCACAGAGAAUGGAGAGACAACUGGUCGCCGUCUCAUUAUCCCCGAAAGUCAAUCCGCCCGAAUAUCUAGCGCGGACUCUGUUAGCGUCAUCUCUGAUGAUGACCCCCAUGAUACCAAUUGGACUGGCGCAGCCCACAGCAGCUGGCUUGGACGUCCGACUAGCAGUAACUACAGCACAAGCUUUUACAACAGCAGUAACAACAACCUCCCUGCCACGAACUCUCAGAACUACGCACGCUACUCCAACGGUCGCAAGUCCAGCGUCAUAAUCCCAGAUGACAUCGAGGAGCUACCACACCCUGGAACUAUGAAUUCCGAUAUGAGUUGGCUCAACCUCAACGCUGAUCGUUAA